AUGCCCGACGGGAGGUCGAUCGUGUCGGGCUGGUCCGACGGCAAGAUCCGCGCCUUCCUCCCGCAGAGCGGCAAACUCCUCUACGUGAUCAACGACGCGCACAAGAACGGCGUCACCGCCAUAGGAGUCACCAGCGACUGCGGCCGCAUCGUGUCGGGCGGCAUGGAGGGCGAGGUGCGCGUGUGGAACAUCGGCAGGCAGACACAGACGAUGGACGUCUCGCUGAAGGAGCACCGGGGCCGCGUGUGGUGCAUCAAGGUCAAGAGCGACAACUCCGCGGCCGUGUCCGCCUCCUCCGACGGCUCGUGCAUCGUCUGGGACCUCGGCACGAAGACUCGGAGAGCCUCUGCGUGUUCGAGAAGACGGUGUUCAAGAGCCUGGUGUACCACCCCGACGAGUCGCAGCUGCUCACCACGGGCAGCGACCGCAAGAUCGGGUACUGGGACGCCUUCGAUGGCCAGGCCAUCCGCGUGCUGGAGGGCUCCGACGAGGGAGAGCUUGGCACACUCUCCAUCUCGAAGACUGGCUCGCACUUCGUGUCGGGCAGCGACGACCGCCUGUUGA